AUGUACAGUUUACUUCUCAUCGUCACCUUCCACAUCCUCCUCAUCUACUACCUAGUUAUACCAAUAAUCAACUUCUUUCGUGCCAAAACCCACAAAAAGCAUCUAGUCAUCCGGAUCGGGCCGAAUGCACUCUCCUACGCAGAUCCCGUUGCUAUCAAAGUCAUCUACGGACAUGGCGCAAAAUGUACCAAAGAUGUCUUCUACUACACACUGUCCGGGUCUCAUUUCCACCUGGCAGACGUACCCGACAUGACGCAGCAUAUAGUUAAGACAUUCGAUAAAAGAUUUACCAGCCCACUACCGAAGGGCCAAAUUCUAGACCCCAAGGACCUAACGAUCGAUUACCGCAUGUGGAUGAAUCUCGAGGAUCUACGGUUCCUAGAUCAACGCAGCGACAUCAUCACCUCGGAAGCAAAAGACAGGACCCUGAAAAAGGUGCACUUCCGCGAAUGCCUCUAUACCAACGCAUGGGUCACUUCAAACCUGGUCUGGGCGUAUGACUGGAACAAGACACUCGCGCGAGUCAGCAAACUGGUGUCCUCGAUGUAUCGCCAGAAAUGGAAGUUGAGUGAGGUCUGGGGCGGGAUCCAGGGUGGCUUCUUCGCUGCACUGAUGGAGGAUAAUACCGGUUCCCCGAAUAGCCUCGAAUGGGGGGAGAUCGCUGCCGGAGUGACAAAUGUGAUGCUUCUUUUGUUGAAAAAUCUGCAUUGUCUGAAGCGACUGCGAGAGGAGAUCGUCGGAGUGCUCGACCAGGAUGAGGUCAUUGUCCCUUAUGGCAAGGUGAAACAUCUGCCAUAUCUUCGAGCUUGUUUCGAUGAAAGCAUGCGCAUGUUCCCUCCUGUGUUACUCCAUAUUCCCUGUCGCACACCUCUGGAAGGCACCGCCGCCGUCCGAGGUGAGUUCGUCGCAGGUGAGACUUCGGUCGAGAUUUCAACGUAUGUGGUUCACCGCAACGAGGCCAUAUCUUUAGACCCGGAAGCAUACAAGCCAGAGCGCCGGCUAGGGGAAACAGGAGGGAUCUACAGCCGUAUUUUGUUGCUUUCAACAAGGGGCUACAUUGGUCGCAACAUCAGCUAUCUGGAACAGACUGUUCUUCAGGCUUCCCUCCCAGUCAGUCGGGAAAGGACUAAUCUCACCUCUGGGCCGAUGCUAGUGAAGGUAUGGAAGCGAGCGGAUGAAAUGUGCGCGGACAUCUAG